UUUUUUGAAAAAAACAAUGUAUGAUUUAUUAUCGAAAAAUGGCCUUUUUCAUCGGACACCAAAAAAAAAUAUUAAACAUGUGGAUGGAUUAUUGACACUUUCAUCGUCGAAUAAGAAAAAAUUUUCCCUGCAAAAUUCGAAUAAAAAUCGUCAUAUAACAAUUAAUAUUCAAUUCAAUCAUGGAAUGAUACGUCGUGAUUUAUUUUCCAAAUUCAUAAUCAAUGUAUUUGAAUACAUUCUUUAUGAUCGAAUGGCCAUACCGGUACCGUUUGGUUUCAUAAAUAGAUUGCAUUGUUUUCCUAUACAAUCUGAAUUGCGUAAAAAAACAUUGCUGAAUACAUUGUCACGAUUGAAAAUUGUUUUCAAUUUUAUUUCGGAAUUAUUUUUGAAAACACAAAUCCAUAUACAUUGUGUUGCAUUAUGUCUUGGUGAUUCAUUACGUUUUGCUCGUGAAAUAUUUAUAAUCAAUUUAGAAAAAUUAAUUAUUGACCAUAAUGAUGAACAGAAUGGCCCGAAACGUUUACCAUUCUUAACAUUACGAUAUAUGAUCGAUAGCUUUUAUAAACGAUUAUUGAAUGAAAUCCCUGAAGAAAUGCCACAAUUAUAUACCAACAAUGGCCAACCGAAAAUCAAUCCAAAAAAUAUUUUGUUUACAUUGAAAAUUUCUUCGAAUGUCGAUAUUUUGCGUACAUUCAUUGAAAAUUAUUCCAAAGAAAAGUGUUCCGAUUUUGAGGCAUCAAAUUUCAGCAUACAGAUUUUAAACUCUACACAUCGUCUUGGAUCGGUGAUAAGUCGUACUACUCAUUUUAAAUUUGAUCAUCAACCGCCGGAUAAUAUGAUAGCUAAUGCAGAUAAUUUCGAUAUUUAUCAUGAUAAUGAUGAAUUUGAUGAAAUCAUUGAAGAAAAAAUUAUCAUUUCCAAUGAUGCCGAAUCGAUGAUGAUGAUGACGGAUAAUUUGGCGACAAACGAAUCAACAAUGCUGUCUUCCAACAUUCCAACAAAUGAAAUUAAACAAGAAUAUUCGAACAUUACGCAACAACAAUCAAUGAUUGAUGAAAUGAAUUCAAUUUGGAUUCAAAUUAAUCCACCGAUUCGUUGUGUGGAUAAAAUCUAGACGGAUUUUUUUUUUCAUUUAUUAUCGGACAUAUCAUCAAUAGGCUAAUUAUUUAUUUUAA